AUGUUGAGGGACGCAACAUGUGGGGGGAAAUGUAACUCGACGCUGAGUGAAACGGAACCCUGCAACAGACAGUGUUGUCCAGAAAACUGUAAAUACUCGCCAUGGGGUCCUUGGAACUGUUACUGCACCGGCACCCAAUGCAAAGAACCAGGAGAAAGAAAUUCUUGUACCAGAAUCCGCCAACAAAUUACCUUCCCUAAAUGUGGUGGAUACUGCGGCUAUAACACAAUAGAAGAGAACUGUGAUGUUCUUUGCUGUUUCAGAGACUGUAUUUUGGGUAUUUGGUCUCCAUGGUCAUUUUGUGAGGCCCAGUGUGAACAGCAAGGCAUUCAGACGCGCAAACGAAGCAUACAACAACAUGGACGGUGUGGUGGAAAACUCUGCAAAGUGGUAGUGGAGAGCAAAGACUGCACGGGUAUGUGCUGCCCUGUCGACUGCGUGCAGGGCGAGUGGAGUAGCUGGUCACUAUGUGACGCCACAUGUGGUCUUGGCAACCAGACUAGAACACGAUUUGUAGAUCUCCCAAAAUGUUACGGAAAGGCUUGCGAAGAACCCGUUUCGACACACUACAAGAAAUGCGAGCGAUAUGUAAAUGUUGACUGCGAGAUAUCACAAUGGGCGGUUUGGUCUGACUGCAAACUAACCAACGGAUUUUGUGGGAAUGGAACGAGAAGCAGGCAGCGCCAGAUACUGGUUGACGUGAAGUGUCGGGGCAAACCGUGUCCGAAUCUGACAGAAGAACAGGACUGCCAGGGACCGUGUUGUCGUCAAGACUGCGAGCUUUCCGCGUGGACUGAAUGGUCCUUCUGUUCCACUGACUGUGGAAAAGGUAUCAGUGAAAGAAAUCGCACUGUCACAACUCCGCCGGCGUGUAACGGCACCGAAUGCUCCAAGCUCCUGGAGAAACGCGAAUGCACGAUGACGGACAAACGUGACUGUAUUUUCACCACGUGGUCCGAGUGGACGUUGUGCAACAACGACUGUGGCGUUGGAAACAGCACGAGGAGCCGCACCAUCCUCACUCCCGCCUACUGUGGUGGCCAGUGUUCCGACCACAGCGUGGAGGAGGUGAAGGAGUGCCAGUCGUACUCGGCCAGGACAGACUGUAAACUGAGCCAGUGGUCCGAAUGGUCCGUGUGUGUUCGGGACUGCGAAGAAGGCAUACAGAGACGGAACAGAACCAUUCUCGUACACGACGUCUGUGGCGGUGUACCGUGUGCCGGCGUAGAACUGGAUAUUUCCAUCAAUGCAACAGAUAUCCAUGAAUCGUGGCCAAUUGGGACCUGUUUUGCUGCCCUGACCACAAAGACAGACAAUGAACCUAACGACCGACACACCUACAAAAUCCUGUCAGACGCCACUCAUAGCCUCAGUCUUGAUGGAAACAGAGUGUGUCUCAAAAAAGAAGUUAGCUUUGAAAAAGUUGUCUAUAACCCUUUUACAGUAAUAAUACAGACUGAAGACUUGGAUAAAGAGAAGGCUGAUGAAACAUUUCAGUUCACAAUUUUGAAUGAGAAUGAUCCACCCAGAGGAAUUGUACUGACUCCUAAUUUUAUUGAUGAAAACAGUAAAAAAGGUCAAAGAGUUGGGUGCCUGCAGGUGUUAGAUGACGACCUUGGACAGACUCAUAAGAUCUUCAUGGUGAGGUCUGCUGAGAGGAACUUUGAACUCUUUGAUGAAGGAGACAAGAAGUGUGUUAAGGUUGCUGUGGAGUCUGAUCCCAGGUGUGAGACAAUAGGAAACAUGUACUGUGCUCUCGACUAUGAGACAAUGGAGAAUUACUACAUCACUGUGCUGGUGCAGGACAAUGGAGUUCCUCCACUGAUGGCCGUGUUUGAUGUGCCUAUCAAACUGCACGACGUCAAUGAGAAGCCCUGGGGAAUCACCUUGAAACCAGAGAACAUUCCAGAAGAGGUUGAUGCAGGCAAGCCUCUUGCUAAAAUUAUUGUGCAAGAUGAGAAGGACCAGAAACACACGUUAGAGAUCGUCAGUGAUAGCUCCAAGUUAUUUCGAAUUAUAAAUGGACAUCUUGUGGCCAGUGAAAAGAUUGACUUUGAAAAAGAACCAAAACGGAAAUUUACAUUGAAAAUAAAGGUUAUAGAUAAUGGAAUUGGAUAUCUCAUGAAUGUCCUAGAGGUUGUGUUCGGGAUUCAAGAUGUCAAUGAAAAUCCAUAUGACCUUCAUGUUACCUCAGACAACAGUCAGCUGACAUUUGACACUGACUCACCCAAACUGAAGGAAAACACCAAAGAUGAGGUGUUUGCCACUGUAACAGUAUAUGAUGAUGACAAAGGUGAUGUUAUUGAAAUGACAGUUGAACCUUCAGAAUACUUCAAAAUAAACAACAAGAGGUGUUCUGCACUCCAGGAAGUAACUAACAACUAUUGCAAGGCUGACCUGGUAGUGACGACUGCAUUUAACUAUGAGAAGACGAAGAGACUGAAGAUGACAGUCUCGGCAAAAGACAAGGAGGGAUUACAAGUCAACAGAACAGUGACUCUUACCAUCAUUGAUACCAAUGAUAAGCCAACAGAUAUUUUGAUCAAUGGUAAAUCUUCAUCAGAACUGAAUGUGGCUGAAAACUCCAAGUUGGUGACUGUAGCCACGCUGCAUGCGGUGGAUGAGGAUGUGACAGACACACACAAAUACCAUCUGACAGGCAGUGGUGCCAGCCAGUUCUUCAUACAAGACAACCAGAUCAAAACAACUGCCACUGCUGUACUUGACUAUGAGGCUGGAAAACAAUUAGAGUUGAUAGUGACAGUAGAAGACAGCGGAAACCCACCACUGAAAUUCCAGAAAACUCUAUCGGUUAAAGUAACCAAUGUGAAUGAAGCACCAACUGAUAUUACACUAAACAAUAACAAGGUGUUGGAAAACAGUAAUGCUGGGACAUUGGUAGGAUCCUUGUCAGCAGGUGAUCCAGACAACAUAAAUGAAAAAACACAAACCAUUACAUUCAGUCUGAUUGAUGACUCCAAGGGACGGUUUGUCAUCAAGGGAGACAACCUGCAGAUUGCCAAAUCUUCCAUCCACUGUGGGACAGAGUUAUGCUCUCUUAAUUACCUAAAAGAGCCAGAGUUGCAGGUGGUUGUCAGGGCAACUGAUGAUGGUACUCCACAACUGCAUGCAGACAAACUGUUGAUAAUUAAGCUAGAGGAUGUUAACGAUGCCCCUGAGAAUAUUAGACUGUCCAGUAAUACCAUCAGAGAGAAUCUGGCACCAAACACUGUCAUAGGAUCUCUUUCUGCAGAAGACAGAGAUAUUAACCAGAUAAUAACAUUUACACUUUUGGAUCAAACCCAUCUCUUCAGUAUUCAAGGCAAACAGGAACUUUUGUCUCAGAAAACUUUCAACUUUGAGGAAAACUCAAAAUACUCAAUAACUGUGAUGGCUACAGAUAACGGACAACCUCAAGCUUCGACAAAGUCUGUUAUUGAGGUAAUCAUCACAGACAUGAAUGAAGCACCCACAUUUGUAGGAACACAAGAACUGACUGUUUCUGAGAACAUACCAGUUGGAAGUGUCAUCGACAAGCUCACAGUUCAAGACCCUGACCAUAGAGAUGCAAUGUCUCUGACUCUCUCUAAGUUUGACCACAUGUUCAACCUUGAUGCUGGGAACUGUACAGACAGUAAGAGCCAGACUGGAGGAACCAUAUGUGUGUUUGAGCUGAAGACCAAGGUCCUGCUCGACUACAACAAGGUGUCUCUAUACUCACUCACUGUGCUGGCGGAGGACCGCAUGGGGCUGGUGGUCAAGAACACGUACACAGUUACGGUGAAGAAUGUGAAUCAUCCACCAGAGGACAUCUUGCUGGACAAUCUCCCAAUGGCUGAGAUUUACGUGGAUGAAAAUGUUUCCGGUGUAGAAAUUGCAUCUCUGUCUGCCAAGGAUAAAGACAAAGAACAGAUGCAUACAUUCAGCAUAAAAUCACAGGAUGACAAUUUGUUUGGUAUCAACAAAACACACUUAAAGGUUCCUAGUGUUUAUAUUUUACUUAAACCGCUGGAUUAUGAGAAGAUUCAGCAGGUUACGGUUGAGCUGACAGCCACAGAUCCCGGGUCUCUGACAGUGGACAAAAACAUCACGGUCUUCGUGAAAAAUAUCAACGAAGCACCAACAGAAGUCUUGCUCUCGGGAAAUGAGGUAAAAGAGAACAGUGGAGUGGACACCAUCAUUGGAACUCUGACAACACAGGACCCUGACAACACCAACACUGUCACUCAGACAUUCACCUACACACUGCUCAACAAUGCAGAAAAUAGGUUCAAAACAGAUGGCGACAAACUAGUUGUUGGUAAUGCAGGAAAGGGUUGCAACAGUAAUGGAGGAGAUAUGUGUUUGCUGAAUUUUGAGAAAACAAAAAAACAUUCCAUCGAUAUCCUGGUAUCUGACAAUGGUGUCCCUUCCAAAACAGCAAGAUUUUCCUUCAGUGUAGUUGUUACUGAUGAUAAUGAUGCACCACAAAAUAUCAAACUGAGCAAUAACAAAGUAGAAGAGCUUGCUUCUUCAGGGACUGUGGUUGGAAACUUGUCUGUUCAUGAUGAAGAUGUGGGUCAAACUCACAAAUUUACACUGCUCGACAAUGGGGUUGACCAUUUUUCUCUAACACCAGAGGGUGUGUUAACCAAGGCAACAGACACCCGACUUGACAGUAAACUAACUUACAAGAUUGCUAUCAGGGCAACAGACAGUGGUGCUGUUCCAAAACAUGUUGAUGCUACUUUCUAUAUUGCUGUUACUGGUACUGAAGAGGCUCCAAAAGACAUUACCAUAUCUCCAACAGGACAAGACUCCCAGUUUCCUGACAAUACCCCUGAGAUAAGAGAGGAUGCUGUAGUGGGUGACAUUGUUGGGGUCAUUUCUGCUGUCGACAUGGAUGCAGAUGAACAAAUCACAUUUUCAAUUCUUGAUGAUGGAGAUGGACAUUUCAAUACUAAUGGCACAGCAAACUGUCUUCCAAAGGGAACUGGUACCAUGUGCACCACAAGUCUGCUGUUGUCUUCACCACUGGAUUUUGAACAGGAGCAGACCUUCACUAUUGUCAUCCGAGCAGCUGACAAAAAUGGUCUGCAGUUGACAGAAUCAUUUACAGUGCAUGUCACUGAUGUCAAUGAAGCUCCUACAGAUUUGUCCUUUAGUGGAGGAAAGAUAGUCGUGAAGGAGAACUCCAAAGGAGAAGAGAUUGGCACUUUCCUGGCAACUGAUCCAGAUGUGAAGAGCUCUCUCACAUUCUCACUGACUACUGGUUACCCUGGGUUACUUCUGGCAAAUAAUGGUUUCCUGUCAACGGCUCAAGAUGCAGACAUUAAUUUUGAAAGUAAAGCAGACAUACAGCUGAAGGUCAAGGUCACAGAUCAGGGAGGAUUGUUCUUUGAAAAGGUUUUUCCUGUCCAUGUGGAGGAUGUUAAUGAAGCACCAACAAAAGUUACACUUUCAAACAAUACAGUUGUAGAAAUGAGUCCAUCUGGUAUUGAAAUUGGACAGCUGAUUGCCUCUGACCCAGAUAAAAAUCAAAUAUUGACAUUUAGUUUGCAAGAUGAUGUUGGAGGACGUUUUAAAAUAGAAGGAAAUUACUUAAAGACUGCAGACACUGGUUUACAUUGCCUUGAAAAGGGUGGUGCCAACUGCUUGCUGGACUACGAAACCUCUAAAUCACACAACAUUGCUGUGAAGGUUUCUGAUAAUGGCAGUCCUCCAUUAAGCAUCACAGCUGUCCUGACAGUAAUUGUUCAAGAUGACAAUGAUCCUCCGUCAGCACCUGUCAUUGACAGUACAGAGAUUUCAGAGAGUGCUUCUGUCGGUACUCUGGUAGGAAGUUUAGAAUCGGAGGACCAGGAUCCUGGACAAACUGUGACAUUCUCUCUGGCAGAAGAUGUUGAAUCUAAUGAGUGGUUUACCAUCACAGGCAAUAAGCUGAAGCUCAAGAAGAUGGUGGAUUUUGAGGACACAAAAACACUGAUUGCUAAAGUUAUUGCCACUGAUUCUGGAGAGUCACCUCUUACAUCAGAAAAAGCUUUUGUGAUCCGGGUUAAAGAUGAAGAUGAAAAACCAAGUAGUCUGAAUAUAGAAUCAAUAAGGGGAGAGAACCAUCUGACAUUUCCUGUAGAUCAGCCAGUCAUCAAGGAGAAUGAACCCGAUGGGACUGUGAUUGGUCAGAUUGUAGUCAUUGAUCCUGAUUUUAAAGAAGAUAUUUCAGCUGCUACUUCAAAUAGUUUGGUUGGCUUGGAAUCAAUGAGCUGCCUCACACUAACCAAAGGUAGUAGAUGUGUAGCAGAGCUUAAGACACAAAGAGUGUUUGAUUUUGAAACAAAAUCCACCUUUUCAUUUGAUGUGACGGUAACAGACAAAGCUGGAUUGCAACUGAAAAAGAUAUUCAACUUAACAGUUCAAGAUGAAAAUGAUCCACCACAUGAUAUCUUGGUGAAUGGUAAAUCAGAUGGUUUGAUCAGUGUGGAUGAGAACUCGGCUGAUAUCACAGUAGCCCAGAUGAACGCUGUGGACUCUGACAGCGGUCAACAGCAUACUUUCACCUUGGUUGAUGGUCCUCAAUUGUUCUACUUUGUUGCAGACAGUCUAAAGAUAACAUCAGCAGCUCAACUAGAUUACGAAACAAAUCCGGAGUACAUUAUUGUGGUCAAAGUGACAGACAAUGGACAACCUCCUCUUUCAACUCAGAAACAGAUGGUUGUCAUGGUAAAGGAUGUGAAUGAAAAACCAGUUAGUGUGCAUCUGACUUCCAAUAUGAUUGCAGAAGCAAGCACCCCGGAUACAUUGGUUGGACAUCUGGUGACUGUGGAUCCUGAUAACGUGAAUUCUAUCAGACAAAAUUUCACAUACAGUCUCACAAACAGUGAUGAAGGUCGCUUCAAGAUAAGAGAAGACCAACUUCUAGUUAAAGAUCCAAAAUUUGAUUUUGAUGUAAAGCAGACUUCUCUUGUUAAAGUGAAGGUCACAGACAAUGGAUUACCUCCACUGUCAGCAGAAUUUGAGUUGGAAAUUAUAAUAACCAAUUCAAAUGAUCCACCAACUAACCUACAAUUAUCAGCCAACACAGUACCAGAAGACGCCACUGUGGGCACAAUGGUGGGGUUGCUGUCAGCUGAUGAUGAUGACAGAGACCAAACCAUCUCCUUCAGUAUGAUGGCCAACCCUUUCCUCACAGUGAGAGAUAACAGGCUGGUAGUGAGUGGGCAGCUGGACUUCGAGACUGUGCCCAACAUCAAGGUGAACAUCACAGCACAGGAUAGCGCAGUUCCACCAUUAAAGAUAUGGAAAGAAUUUCUAAUUAAAGUGAUGGAUACCAAUGAUCGACCGAGUGCACUAGAGUUGGUGUCACCAUCAGGCUCUACUCAGCUGUCUGUGGCUGAAGGAACUAAGACUGACACACUUCUUGGUACAGUUACAGUUUCUGAUCCAGACCGGCUGGAGAGGAUAACUCUACAUUUGCUGCCAUCUGGUAGCCAACAACUGAAGUUGGCUGCUGGAGGUCCAGUAUGUCAACUAAAAGAAAUAGAUGGCCUCACCCAAACAGUUUGUACAUCUGACCUAUUGCUUGCUGCACCUGUCAACUUUGAGGAACAAGCUGGCAAACCACUGGUGGCAGAAGUCCAAGCUACUGACAAGGGAAGACUUACCAUCACUGAUCGGUGGGAAAUCACAGUUACUGACACAAAUGACCCUCCAACUGAUAUAACUAUUGAUGGUGACAUAACAGAAAUUCCUGAAAAUGAAGUUGGAUUUCUGAUUGGAACAUUGGAGACAGAAGAUGAAGAUCGUCAGGAUAAACACACUUACCAGCUGAUUACGUUUUGGGAGAUAUUCAAAGUUCAGGCAGGUGGGAAACUGGUGUGCUUGAAGUCUCUUGACUAUGAACAGAAGAAGGAGUAUGCUGUGACUAUCAAGACAACGGACAAUGGCUCACCCUCACUCUCCGCGACAAAGACUUUCUAUUUCUCUGUGAAGAACAUCAACGAAAAACCAACACAGAUAUCACUGUCACCAAAUGAGGUAUCUAUGGCUGCACAGCCUGGCAGUACGGUGGGUUUUCUGGAAGUCACAGACCCAGACAACAAGGUUGACAAACAACAAACCUUUAGGUGCUCCGUGUCAGACAAGGAAGAACGCUUUGUUGUGAAUCAGACAAAUUUAGCUAUACAGGUUGAUGGUAGUCUACCAAACAAUGAGACUGUGUUGCCCGUGAGUGUCACGUGUACUGACAGUGGCCAGCCACCUCUGAGCAUGUCACAAAGUAUUGCUAUACACAUCAAACUGAAGGCAGAUGUACCCAAGGUCAUCAAGUUACUUGGCAACCACCAGGUUGUGGAAAAUCAGGCUGAUGCUUUGGUUGGAAAACUGGCAGUUGUGAAUGCUCUUAACCAGCAGGAAAUAAAAGGGGAAUUUAAAUUUAAAGUGUUAGACUCUGUGGAAAAGACAAAAGAAGCAGCAACCAUGUUUGUAAUUGAUGGAAUGUCACUAAAGGUAACAAAACCAUUAGACUUUGAGGAGAAAGGAGAAUGGAUGGUCACCAUUAAAGUCACAGGAAAGUAUGGUGAAAAUCAACCAGUCGACGCCCAAGAUGAAUUCACAAUUAAUGUAAUAGAUGUGAAUGAGGCCCCAACUCAUAUAGGUUUAUACACCUCAAGUGUCCCUGAAAACAGUCCACCAGGCACUGUAAUUGGUGAUCUCAACACUGUGGAUUCGGAGAAAGACCAGACCUAUAUCUAUACACUUAUGGCUGUUGCUAAAGGUGUUCAGGUCACAGAUCCAGAUAAGGAGCUGUUACAAUUGUUUCAUAUUAGAAACCGAAGUUUAAUUAUUGGUGAAGCCAGCCAGUUCUUGAACUAUGAGAUAUCAGAUGUAUUCACCUUGAAGAUCCGGACCAUGGACUCUGGAAGUCCACCUCUUACUUACGUUGGUACAGUCCAUGUGUUGGUGAAGGACAGGAAUGAUCCUCCUUCCAACAUCACUCUCGACAACACUAAGAUUGUAGAAAACAGUGCUGAGGGUUCGGUGGUAGGAAGUCUGAGUGUGGAAGAUGAGGACAAGAACCAGACACACACCUGUGAGGUGAUCAACAUUCAACAGGUGCCUUUCAAAGUAAUAGACGGGCUGAAGUUGGUUGUGUCUAGGGAUGAGCUGGAUUAUGAAGGAGCCAGGAAAUAUGUUGCAGAGAUCAGUUGUCAAGAUGAAGGAGCCGAUGGCAGUUUUCUUAAAAUCACUAAACCAAUCACAAUUGAUGUUACAAAUGUGAACGAGGCACCUUACAACAUUAGCCUAUCAAAGCUGAAGAUCAAAGAAAAUAGUAUUAUUGGUCAGACUGUUGCAGAAAUCAAUUCUGUUGAUCCUGAUAGUGACAAGGUGACUUACAAGAUCAAUAAUGACACAAUGUUUGCUAUAGAAGGUGACAACACAUUGACAGCAAACAAGGUGUUUGACUAUGAGCUGCUUCAGUCUGCACAAUUCACAAUUACAGCUACAGAUCCUGAAGGUCUUUCAGCAUCUCAGACAUUUACCAUAGAGGUUGAAGAUAUGAAUGAGCCUCCCUCUAGACUCACUCUCAGUGCAAACACAGUACAAGAGAAUUCCCCUCCUGGAACUGAGAUCGGCAUUCUGAGAACAGAGGAUGCAGACCGAGGCCAGACAUUCACCUACUCGCUCACACAGAUGGAGACAGACAAAGGUUAUUUUGCAAUCAAAGAGAACAGGCUAGUAACAGGAUCGACUCCACUGGAUUACGAAACCAAGUCUGAAUACAACAUUUCCAUUACAACAUCAGACAGUGGAACUCCUCCACUUGGUAAAACGGAAGAGUUUACUGUUGAAGUGAAAGAUAUCAAUGAAGCACCCACAAAGAUAAUCACAGACAACAUUGAAUCGAUCCCUGAAAACACGACCGUGGGUUUCGUUGUGUCCACGCUACACGUUGAGGAUGACGACGUUGAUCAGAAACACUCAUGUCACGUGAAGGACGACAGGUCGCCGUUUGUUGUGAAGGCGGAGGAGAACAGCAUGGCUCUGGUGCUGGCGGACAUGUUGGAUUUUGAGAAAACAUCACAGCACAAGAUUGAGUUGUCCUGCUCUGAUGGGCAGUUUGAUGUUUCCAAGGUGGUAACAAUAACUGUAGAGGAUGUGAACGAGAAGCCGACAGCGAUAAAGCUUGAUGCUCCACUUGUUCUGCCUGCGAUGGGAAAGGCUGGCUUUGUGAUAGGUAACUUAACAGUGGAGGACCCAGACCGCGGGCAGACACACACAUUUAACACACAAGGACCAAACUCUGAUCUCAUACAGGUUAAAAAUAAGAACACGCUAACCUUAAUAAAGCCAAUUCCCACAGCGCAGAUGGACAAACCAAAUCCGGAACUGAAGAUUAGUAUCAAGGUCACUGACAAUGGACAACCAAGCCUCUCUCUGGAAGAGAUCUUCACUUUCCCCAUCACUGGCAUUGACCUAAAGGCUCUCCAGCUUCCAGAUAUCACCAUUAGUGACACCCGCAUCAAGGAGGAUGCUCCAGUGGGAACAGUGAUUGGUGCUCUGUACAAUGUAAAUCAAACUCUCGGAGAAAACAUUGUCUUCAAAAUUACUGAUGAUGAUUUAGACUUAUUUGAAAUCAAGAAUAAUUCACAGUUAGUUUUAGCUCAGAGUUUUGAUUCAGUUACCUCCCAUUCUGUAAUGGUGACAAUUCAGGCAAAGAACAUGCAGACGCAGCAAGUAUCAUCCAGGAAAAUCACCAUCUUAAUCAUAAGGUCUGUUAGGUGUAUGAGAGCUGACACUGGAUGUGGUGCCAAUGCCAAGUGUGUGAAACAGAAUGAAACCUUCGAGUUUUGUCAGUGCUUGGAAAGCUUUGUUGGGGAUGGUUACAACUGUACAGAUGUUGAUGACUGUAAAGAAAGAAAACAGAAUGACACUUGUCAGAACAGAGGGAAAUGUGUUGAUGAAGUCGGUGGCUUUUCCUGUAAAUGUGAGGGCUUCAGUGGUCCACGCUGUGAAAUUGAUAACUCACAAAACAAUAUCUGUGCACAUGUUUCUUGUUUGAACAAUGGCGUGUGUACACAAGAUAAUACUACAUCUGAAGGGUAUAAAUGUGUCUGCAAAGUUGGAUGGACUGGCAAGGUGUGUGACCUCAGUGUUGAUGACUGUGUGAAGUCUGUCUGUUUUGCAGGAGGAUCUUGCAUUGACAAACACCGCACCUACAUCUGCAGAUGUCCGCCAGGUCGAUCUGGCAUACACUGUGAAUAUAUCACAAAGUCUUGUUCCCACAGCUCCUGUUCCUCCUCUGAACUAUGUGUGCCAAAGGUAGACCAAGAGGACAAGAGUUGUGUUGAGGAAAAGACUUGUAUUGUCGUCCUGAAAUUCAAUUUGGGUAAAGUGGAUGUAGAUGAGUUCAAGGCUAGAUUUAUGGAUUUUGUUUCCAGUUAUGGGAGGUUUCCCACAUUUGCUUCAGCUGGAUCUCAGAGCACUACAAGCAGAAGGAAACGGUCUAGUGAUACCAAUAAACAUCCCAGAGUUUAUGUUCAGAGUGUGACACAGCCUAGUAAUGGAAAACUCAAGGUAUCAUUUGUUGUGAUGGAUUCACAAGAUGUCGGUUACACAGUAAAAGAGGUUCUCACCUCACUUGAAAAAACUUGUGCAAGCAUAGACUCUGCAGAUGAUCCUGAAAGUCUUUUCUGUCCAGCUAUUCAAGAGGCUGUGUUAAAACAGCCAGUUCCAGGUGGUGGUGAAGAAGGAGGAGGAUUACCGCUGCCAAUGAUUGCUGGUGGUGCAGGUGGUGGUGUCCUGGUGAUAAUAAUAAUUAUUAUUGUGGUUGUUUGCAUCAAGAAGAAAAAGAAGGAUUCCGACCAGUCAAGCAAAACAGAAUCUCAGCAAGAUGAAUCCAAUCAUACCACUGGUAAUUCAGUACCUCCAGCAUCGUUGCCGCCACCUCCACCUCCACUGCCUGUCUCUUAAAAAACAGUCCACUUGAGUUUCUGUACAUCGAGAACAAUCAGCAGUUGUUAAAGGCAUACUGCCAUGGAUUUAAGGACCAUAUUUCUAAAAAAAAUGGAUAAUAAAUAAAAAUUACAUUAAUUGUUGGAAACCAAAUCUAGCUAUCGCAUCACCUUAA